AUGCCUACUCAACCAACUUUCAACAGGUCAAUUCUGACAACUGUCAAUCAACCAGUCAACCAUAGGGCUACAGGUCAACAACCACCUCAACCCACCAUCAACAGGUCAAACCCUAUAACUGCACAUAGGUCUACUCCACCAGUCAGGGAAAGGAAACCUUGUCAACAACCUCAACCCACCGUCAACAGUGCCCAUCAACCACCCUGUCCCAGGUCAACAAGACAAUCAACUAGUCAACAGAACUAUACCAUUCCAAGUAAUACAGCCGAACGACAAAACUUCAUCAGGGUGAUUGAUAAUCCACAACAUCAACCACCGAUCAGCCAACCUUGGUUCCAACAUUCAAGAAAAGCUGUACAAGCCCACAUUGCUCAAGGAAAAACACCAGAGGUGAAACAAGCAGCAGCUCCAACACCAGUAGCACAAAGUGGACUAGAAAUAGCUGAGGCACAUGCUGUGGCAGUAAUUGAAUCUAUGGAGGAUCCUCAAGAGCCAAGUGUUGGUACUUGUUCAACCAGUCAGCAGGAUGAAACAGCCCCACUGGCUAGAAAAAGAAAGCAGAAGCCAAGAUUACUUAAAAGGGUAGCAACAGCAAUGAUGCUGUUAUUUGAAACACCGGAAAAAGUUUCAACCUUGGAACAACCUGCAGUACCAGUUGAACUUGCAGUUAUUGAAGAUUGCUGCCACACCAGUAGCUUGGACUCAAUGGAGCCAGUAGCCAGCCAGCCGACUCCGGAAUGUGAUUUACUCCCGUUCAGUACAGGAAUGGAAUUGAUUUUUACUCCUUCGACAGCAAGAAUUGUAAUGGACAGUCAUUCUGAUUGCGUCGUGGCAGCAACCGCACCAGAAGAGGGCAUAACCAUCUCAGGUUUCAGUGAGGAGGAAAUCAAAACGGGACAGGAGAGUGAUCCAGACCUGAUGUUCAUCCUACCUUAUUUAAAAGAUGGCAGUGAACCUCUGUCCAAUGAUUUGUUCUUGGCAUCACCAGCAGCCAAGAGUCACUGGAUUAAUAAGCAAAGAUUUUUUAUGGACGACAAUGGUGUUUUAAAGAGUCAACCCAAGACGGAGGGAGCCAAUACAAGGCUGGUUGUACCUGCUUCUUUAAGACAGACAGUAAUGGAGCUCAGUCAUGAACUGCCAAGCGCAGGACACCAAGGUGUGUCAAGGACAAUGUCCAAGAUCAAGGAUAAAUAUCACUGGUAUAACAUGACCAAAGACAUUAACGUGUUUGUACUUAGUUGUGAUACCUGCAACAAGAACAAGAAAGCAAGCAGACAUGGCAAUAAGACCAAGCCUACUACUCCCCAGUACUGUGUGUGUCGGGGCCCAGACACUGGUGAGACAAUGGUUCAAUGUGAUAACUGUAGGGAAUGGUUCCACCUGACCUGUAUAGGUAUGUCAAUACAGGAGGCCAAUGAGAUAGAUCCCUACAUCUGUCCCAACUGUCAACUUGUUCGUACUACUCCACCCUCAAAAGACAAAGGAGGGGGAGAAAUCAAGUAG